GUGGUCAUUCAAAGGGGGUAAAGUCCGUGAGAGAAAACAACUGGGAAGGUGUUCCUGGAUAGGCAGCAUUUCCUCAUGACGAGCUGCUUCACCAUUUGUUUAGUUCUGGACGUGUUGCUGGUAAAGUAUUAGAAGUAGUUACACAGGAAAGUCUUGAGAACUCGUCGUGUUAAGCUGCAUUAAAGAAAUGUACAGUGAGCCACAGAGACCAGGCUCCAGACAGGUGGAUGACUACAUUGAAGAGAAUGGUUACCCGAGUGACCAGCAGUCCCUGAGGUUACGACGGGUUUCAUCUCGAGUGUCCAAUCAAAACUAUCCUCAGCACGACCGGAGCUCGACCCCUGCAGAGGAGAAUGACUCGGGAAGCAGUGGACCUCCUCGGGACCUGAAGGCCAUCCCGCUGCCCAUGGCACUGAAGAGAGCUGUGAGGCAGGUGCAGCAGAUGCAGGUGCCUGUGGUUUCCAGCAGGCAGUCCUGGAGACGGAAAAAGAACAAAUCUCUGCAGAAACUAAACGAAAACGCCAGAGGAUUGCUCCACUUUUUCACACUGUGGAGAAAGACUUUGCAACAGAUUGGAGGAAACUUUGGCGGUGGCGUCCAGUCUUACUUCCUGUUCCUGCGAUUCUUGGUGGUGCUCAAUUUUGUUUCCUUUUUACUGAUUGCUGGAUUUGUCCUCAUCCCCAGCAUUGUCGUCAGAUCUGUUGGGACCAGCGUUGUUAACAGCACUGGUGCAGAUGAAUGCACGGUUUAUGACCCCAAUCCUCAAGGCUUGGUCGUGUUUUAUAAUUACUUCCUGGACUUACUUUUGGGAACGGGUUUCAUGGAGUAUUCAUACAUGUUUUACGGCUACUACAACAACACAAUGGUGGAGGACAGCGACUUCUCCUACAACAUCCCCCUGGCCUACCUCUUCACUGCCGUCUUCUACUUUUUCUUUUGUCUCAUUUGUAUCAUUGCACGCAUGGGGACUGCAGCUCGGGUUGCCGUGGCAACGGGAGGCAGCUCUGUGGGCAACUACAGCAUUAUAGUGUUCACCGGCUGGGACUACGGUUGCCAGGGAGGCCGAGCUACCAAACUGAAGCAGAAGAACGUUCACUACCAGCUGCAGGUGGAUCUGGAGGAGGAGAUAAUAAAGAAAAAGGCAGCCGCUCUAACUUUGUGUCAAAAAAUAGUUUUAUACUCUCUACGCGUUUUUAUGUUUUUCGUUUCAUUCGGGCUCAUCGUAGCAGCCUUCUACGGCAUCUUCAUGGCCACCAACUUCAGCCAGGAAAUGAGUGGUGAGGAAGGGAUCUUGGGUCUGUUAUUAGAGUAUCUGCCUUCCAUUGCCAUCACCAUUGGAAACUUCGUGGUGCCGCUGCUGUGUGACCAGUUCACCCUGAUUGAGCGAUACACCCCCAGCACCACUGUCAUAGUGACACUAUUAAGGGCAGUGUUCCUUCGUCUCGUGGGUCUGGGUGUCCUUCUCUUCACCCUGUGGCAUCAGAUCACCUGCGAGGGGGACACCGAGAGUGAAGGGUGUAAACUGUGCCAAUACAACUACGAAGUCUACCCGUGCUGGGAAACGCGUGUGGGGCAGGAGAUGUACAAGCUCACCCUGUUUGACCUCCUCAUCAACAUCGGCGUGCUCGUGCUGGUGGAGUUUCCACGCAGGAUGGUGGUGGACAACUGGUCCAAUAAGCUGGCUCAGUGGGUGGGUCGACAGGAGUUUGUAGUUUCCGCCAACGUGCUUGGACUGGUUUAUGGUCAGACUAUCGUCUGGACUGGAGCUCUUUUUUGCCCUCUGCUGCCGCUCAUCAACACCAUCAAGUUUGUCCUCCUCUUCUACAUCAAGAAGAUCACACUCUUCUCUAAUUGUCGGCCAGCACUGAAGACGUUUCGCUCCACCACCUCCACCUUCUUUUUCCUGGUGGUACUCCUGUUUGGCUGGGGCUUGGCCACAGUUGUCAUGGUUUACAGUCUUGCUCAGAUCCGUCCUUCUAUGGGUUGUGGCCCUUUCCGUUUCUUCCCCAACAUGUGGUCGAUUGUUCCAACAUCUUUCUACAGCCUCUCUAAAAUUACACAGGACUUUCUCUUCUUCAUCGGUUCCCAGUCAUUCUCCAUCCCCCUGUUUGCGUUAUCUUGUGUGGGGAUGUGCUAUUUCGUAGCCUUGGCAUCUGUUUAUGGGAAAACCGUUGCCCUGCUAAGAGCUCAGCUUAAACUGGAGGGCCGCGACAAGCAGUUCUUGGUGAAGCAGAUUGAGAAUCUGAGUCGACAUCAGAUACUAAAACAUACUGCAGGAGCACAUGAGUGAUAGCACAAGGACCAUAUUUCUGUUUUACGACCUUCUAAACAUUAUACAAUUUGAUGAGGCUGUAUGCACCCUAUAUGUAUAAAGUCAGUGUCAUAUAAUGCUGGAUGGGGUUUAGAAGAUUAUCCUGCAACAAUAUAUAUAU